CUCUGUAGAACCAAUUCUUGAGCAAUACCGUCCAGCAAUUUUGGCAUCUCUAAAGUUCUCUAAGUUGACUCUUGGUACUGUGCCACCUCAGUUCACAGGAGUUUCCAUCAUCGAGGGUGAAUCUGACGAGAUAAUUAUGGAAUUGGACUUGCAGUGGGAUGGAAAUCCUAAAAUUGUACUUGAUAUAAAGACUAGACUUGGUGUAACUCUACCAAUACAGGAAACAAUACGAGAUGCUAUUGAAGAUUCUAUCACUUGGCCAGUACGUAAAAUCAUACCCAUAUUACCAGGAGAUUACAGUUACCUAGAGUUAAAGCCAGUGGGGACUUUGAAUGUGAAGCUCAUUGAAGCAAAGGAAUUAACAAAUAAGGACAUAAUUGGAAAAUCUGAUCCAUUUGCCGAGCUAUUCGUCCGUCCCCUACGUGACCGGAUAAAAACUAGCAAAACAAUAAACAAUCAAACAAGUCCAAUCUGGAACGAGCACUUUGAGUUUGUUGUGGAGGAUGUAACCACCCAACAUUUGACCAUAAGAGUUUAUGAUGAUGAAGGAAUUCAAGCUUCUGAACUAAUUAGUUGUGCUCAAUUACCACUAGGCGAGCUUGAGGCUGGUAAAGUUAAAGAUGUGUGGUUGAAACUGGUGAAGGAUCUUGAGAUCCAGAAAGACCAGAAAAACCGUGGUCAGAACUUGCCAGCUAAAGAUAUCUUGGGAAAAUCUGAUCCUUUUGUGGUGCUAAGAAUGAAGAAGUCUGAACAGACCUACAAGACUAGGGUCCUCAACGAUACCUUGAAUCCAGUUUGGAAUCAGACCUUCGAUUUUGUAGUUGAGGAUGGGUUACAUGAGUUGCUAAUCCUUGAUGUUUAUGACCAUGACACAUUUGGGAAGGAGAAAAUGAGUAGAUGCAUCAUGACUCUGACGAGAGCCAUAUUGGAGGGAGAAUUUACAAUUAGUUUCCUUAUUGAUGGUACCGAUUCAGGAAGGUUGAAUUUGAGCAUCAAGUGGACUCGACAACAAUCAGUCGAGAUUGAUCGAGGUCUGAUCUAGUCAGCAAGAGACUACUUCCCAUGCUUAUGUUCUUCCUGAUGCUCAAAGUAAGAGUGACGAUGAAAAGGCCCAUCGCUGGUUAAGUUGGCCGAGAACCAAAAAAAAAAAAAAAAUAUGUCUUGUUAUCAUGUAGAUAUUAUAUAUAUGUAUGUGUGCAUGCAAGUAUAUAGGGGAAUGUUGCAAUAUAUGCUGGUGUGGAUGAUGAGAACAGUGGAGUUGUGUGAAAUGGAACUUAAUUUUGAUAUAAACAUGAAUUCAUUUUAAGUUGUCUAAUUAAGAGGGGAACUGAUGGCUAUUCUUGUUAACAAGUCAAACAAUUGAAACAACAAUGCCAUCUGCUUG